UAGGAGGAGAGCUUUGGCUGGGCGGCUUGGCGUAUUUUCACUGCGCGCAAAUCUCUUGCCCUACUCGCGCGCGCGCUCUUGGCGAUUGAGCAGUGGAGCGAUGGCGAUGGGGCGGCUGGAGGAGGAGAGAGGUAGGCGACGGCGCUAGGCGGCCUUAGGUCUAGGGUUGGGGGAGACAUGGCUUUGAGCAGGAGGUCCUAGGAGUAGUCGUGCCAAAGAAAUCCAAGCCGGAGAAGCCAGCGGCAGUGAAGGAUGCAACAUUAUCAACCGCGGCUAGCGCGUCCGCAAGGGAGGGUUUCGCAGCCAUUCGCUCAGCAGCAGCAACAAAGCCAGCAGCAAAAUCCGCCGCUACAGAAUAGCAACGCUCUCGCGGGAGGCCCGGCCGGCGAUGCCGAUGGAAAUGCCAAAGUUCUCGCAAGUUCGAGCUUACAAGAGUGGAAAGCGCAACUCAAGACCCCUCCAGCGGAUGCGCGGUACAGGACCGAAGAUGUGACCGCCACGAAAGGCAAUGAAUUCGAGGAUUACUUCCUCAAGAGGGAACUGCUCAUGGGAAUCUAUGAGAAAGGCUUCGAGCGGCCAUCUCCCAUACAGGAGGAGAGCAUCCCUAUCGCCUUAACAGGCAGCGACAUAUUGGCGAGGGCGAAGAACGGGACUGGAAAGACUGCGGCUUUUUGCAUUCCAGCGAUCGAGAAAAUAGAUCCAAACAAAAAUGCUAUCCAGGUUCUGAUCUUGGUGCCCACGCGCGAGCUCGCGCUACAGACGUCCCAAGUAUGCAAAGAACUUGCAAAACAUCUCAAGAUUGAGACAAUGGUCACGACUGGAGGGACGAGUCUGAAAGACGAUAUCAUGCGGCUAUAUCAACCAGUGCAUCUUCUGGUUGGGACUCCUGGUCGGGUACUGGACCUGGCCAACAAGGGCGUUUGCAAGCUCAAGGAUUGCUCGAUGAUGGUGAUGGACGAGGCUGACAAGCUUCUCUCACCGGAGAUCCAGCCUUUGGUGGAACGAUUGCUGAGCUUCCUUCCCGAAAGCCGCCAGGUUCUACUCUUUUCGGCAACGUUCCCUGUCACAGUGAAGCAGUUCAAAGAGAAGUUUCUCCGGAAGCCUUACGUCAUUAACCUGAUGGACGAGCUAACGCUGAAGGGUAUAACCCAGUACUACGCGUUCGUCGAGGAAAGACAGAAGGUUCACUGCCUCAACACGCUGUUCUCCAAGCUACAAAUAAACCAGUCGAUCAUCUUCUGCAACUCCGUCAAUCGUGUUGAGCUACUAGCUAAGAAGAUCACCGAGCUCGGAUACUCGUGCUUCUACAUCCACGCCAAGAUGCUCCAGUCUCAUCGGAACAGAGUGUUCCACGACUUUCGAAACGGGGCCUGCCGCAAUCUCGUGUCCUCUGACCUUUUUACAAGAGGGAUUGACAUUCAGGCGGUUAACGUCGUCAUUAACUUCGACUUCCCCAAGAACUCCGAGACAUACCUUCACAGGGUUGGUCGCUCAGGGAGGUUUGGUCACCUCGGCCUCGCUGUAAAUUUGAUAACCUACGAAGAUCGCUUCAACUUAUACCGGAUUGAGCAAGAGCUGGGAACUGAGAUCAAGCCCAUCCCUCCUCAGAUUGAUCAAGCGAUUUACUGCAGGUGAUGUAGCAGCGGGUACUUGUAUUUCCUACCAAAAACUCUCAUUUAAACUUAAAACCAGAAAAAAAGAAAAAAGAAGAAAAAACGAGAAACGUCAAAAACAAAAAGAAAAAAUGCUAAAAAACAAGGAAAAAAAAAAACCAGCAAUCUUCUAACCAGUUAGCAGCAGGUGGCGAAUUCUUUGUUCUUGUCGUCGUAACUGUGGAAAUUUUGGUUCCACCGCAUCCUUUUGCGUGAAGUUCAGUAAAAUGCGAAGUUUAGUUCUGAA